AUGAAGUCUACUACAUUUAUCUCCUUUGCUGUUCUGGCAGCUGCUCAUCUCGCCAACGCUGCCCCGGCACCAGCAACUACACCCGCAGCCAAUACUGCAACCCCACAAUCCGUCUCAGUCUCCUAUGACCAAAAGUAUGACGUUGGAACAACAUCCCUCGAUACAGUUGCCUGCUCCGAUGGCACCUACGGCCUCGAAACCGACGGCUUCACGACAUUUAGCUCGUUGCCCAACUUCCCGCUGAUCGGUGGCGCGCCCACUGUCGCCGGCUGGGAUAGCCCAAACUGUGGCCAAUGCUACCAGCUGACUUUCGAGUCUGACGAAGUCAGCGAGACUAUCAAUGUGCUGGCGGUAGAUUCGGCCUCGGGUGGAUUCAAUAUUGGUCUUACGGCUAUGAACCACCUCACCGAUAACCAGGCCGUUCAGCUGGGUCACGUGACAGCCACUUAUGUGGCUGUUGCGAACAGUGUGUGUGGAUUGGAGGAUUAG